AUGUCUGACAAACAGUCUGGACAAGCCUCCCAAAGGAAACCAUCCACCAACAAGAACAUCAAGAAGCUCCGCACCAUUAGCAUGGUGUGCAGCCUGACGAGCAGCUGGCAGCUAUGGGUGAGUGAGAACGAGACGAAGCAGGCCAGUGAACCAAGCGGCUGGUCCCCGUCUUCGCUGGGUGGACCAACAGAGGCACCAAGAAAAACAUGGGUCCCAAAGAACCCUCCCCAGACUCAGACUCAACCAACAGAAACACCUCAAAACCAUGACAUCAUUUCAGUAGAGGCUCAGAAGACACUUAUUCCUGAGAAAGUGACUAACGAGGCUCCAAAGACUAAGGAAUUCAAGGACUCAACUGAGCCAACUGUUGCGCCUCACAUCAAGGUAAAGCAAGUAGUGAAAACUGUGACCAGUGGGGUUCAGGAGAAAGGUGCAGGCAUCGAGCUCCUCACUGAAAAGAUCAAGACGGAGUCCCUACCCUCAGACGAGGAGAUCGACAGGCUUCUGAAGAAGAAGAACUCGCCCACACGCCGCAGAAAAUGCUCCAACAUGGUUUCAUCUCUGACCAAAAGCUGGAAGCAGGUGGAGAAAACUGGUGUUACAGAGGGCGGUGCACACCUUGGAGCAGAUAAAGCGACAGGGGGCAUAGAGGAAGCUCAAACAUACAGGACAUGCAUUUCAAAAGAAGAGACAGAAGAAGACUCUGAUGUGGCUGUUAAAAUUAAAAGACCCUCAGUUCCAGUGUUCAAAAAAGAAGCUGAUGACGCCAACAAGAUCAACGCCCUCUCCAAGAAAUACAGCGCUGUGGGAAACCUCAAGAGCCGCUGGCAGAACUGGGCCUCAGAGCACACCGACAACCAGAAACUCAACCCCUUCAGUGAAUACUUCGACUAUGAUUACUCUAUGUCACUCCGCCUCCAGAAGGGCCAGGAGGGAUACGGUCGCCCCAAAGAGGGAACCCAGACAGCCGAGAGAGCGAAGCGAGCUGAGCAGCACAUUCACCGCGAGAUAGACGACAUGUGUUACGUUAUCAGGAUGAUGGAAGAUCCAGACAGGGAUGGAAAGACCCGCGUCACGUUUGGACAGCUGUUUGACAGAUACGUGCGCAUCUCGGAUAAGGUGGUAGGGAUCCUGAUGAGAGCGAGGAAACAUGGGAAGGUGGCAUUUGAAGGAGAGAUGCUGUGGCAGGGCCAGGAUGAUGGAGUGAUCAUUACUCUGCUGGUUUGA